GUGACUGGCAAUUUGGGAGGUGGUGACAAGAGAUUGAGAUGUUUGCAAUGCAGAUUAUGGGAGCCAGUAGCUAUUGCUAAUGAUAGUGCUGACGUCCUCAAGGAUUGAGGGAGAGAGACUCAUGAAUCUGAAGAUGGUUGCACAGGAGAGAAAGUGGAAGUGUCAUCUGAUAUCAUUGAAGGAAAUGCUGAUGCAUGUUGGAAAGAAAGGUGGGAGAAAGAUUUGGAAGCAGCCAUGAGGAGACAGGACAUCUCCCCAGCCUCAGUGUAAGUGGUGUGGGAGAGAAAACAGACACCAGUUGAAACAGGCUGCAGGGGAGGUGGUGUCCUCAGGGAAGAACCAAGCUUCAGAGAGAGCAGGGUACCUAAGGGAACUUCAGAGAAGAGGGCAAGAUACAUGCGAUUUUAAUAAUGACUGAUUUUGAACUCUAGAGUACAAAGGUUUUCCAGCACUGGGAAGAAAUGAGGAGUAGAGUUGGAAAGGUUGGGAGUGAUGUAUAGAGCCCUAUAGGAAGCAGAGUGCAGAAGAGGGGGAGUCGCCUGGGCAUCAGAAACUGGGAUAAGAGGCUUAAAGAGAUCAGUCUUAAUGGGAUCAAAGAACAUGGUGAGGAGACUGAGUGUUGGGAAAAGACGGGUGUGUCUGUGGUCAGCAGCACAGAAAAUUCUGCAGUUACUUCUUGAGCCCAGCUGAAAGAUGUGUGAAGGCUAAGAGGGAGGGUCUUACUCUGACCAUAGAAGUCUCUGAGUCUCCCUCUUGGUUUCUAAUACCACAGGUAGAGAGUCUGGGAGGGAGAGGUCCCAAUCCAAGCUCCCUAUUGAUUCAGCUACAGUCUUGGAAAUCAAGUAAUUUUAGCUAAUGCCUUGCUGCCCCAAACAAAAUCACAGAUCUAUGGGUAAAAAGGAACAAAAGAAGACUAGGAUUGUAUACUGGGUAGACAACCCGUGGAAUGUGCUACAGUCAUGGAGGUAACCAACUAACUAACUGUAGAAACCAUAUGUCUGAGUUUAAAGAAACCAUGCAACAUUUAAAAAACAGAGCUGAAAAUAGUCGCCAAGAGCUGAUGGAAGCCUUCAAUCAAAUGAAAAAUGAUAUUACAAACAGAGAAAAAGUUUCAGGAAGUUUAGUUGAAAAGAAAGUGAAUACAACAAAUCAGAAUGAAACAGUUUCUAAUACACUGGAAGACUUAAAGUUCUUUUUUCCUCAUCUAAAUAAAGCAGACAGUAUUUAUCCUGAUAUAAUCAUUGGCAAAGGAAGAAGGGAUGUUUCUUUUGCGCUCGGCAUUUCCACCGUGGACAGAGGGAAUCACAGUUACCUGAAGCAAACGCUCACCUCGGUCGUCUCCAGGAUGACUCCUGCAGAGGAGAAGGACUCUGUGGUGAUCGUCUCUGUCGCAGAUAGCCAUGGAGAUUAUUUAAAUUCUGUUGUUAACAUGAUUACAAAAAAAUUCAAAAGGCAAGUGAAGUCUGGAUCCUUAGAAGUCAUUGCAAUACCUGCGUUUUUUUAUCCAGAGACAUUACAUGUCAAUCAACUAGCUGAUGACUCAGAAAAAUUGGAGAGCUGGCGAAUGAAACAAGUAUUGGACUUUUGUGUUUUGAUGCUGUAUGCCCAACCCAAGGCCAUGUACUAUUUACAGCUAGAAGAUGACAUCAUAGCUAAACAGAUGUACUUUACAAAAAUAGUGGAUUUUGUGCGUAAUAUUACUUCAAAUGAUUGGUUUUGCAUUGAGUUUUCGGUGCUUGGGUUCAUAGGAAAGCUGUUCAGAUCAGAAGACUUAACUGACCUUGUACGUUUCUUUUUGAUGUUCUACAAAGACAAACCCAUAGACAGUCUCUUAAGUGAGAUUUUUCAUUUAAAGAUGUGUGAUACAAGAAAGCAUCCUGUAACAUGCAAACAACGGAAGAAGCAAAUCUGUGUCCGGCAUAAUCCGUCUCUGUUCCAGCACGUGGGCAUACACUCGUCACUCCUUGGGAAAGAACAAUAUUUCAAAGAUAUCUAUUAUUAGGAAUUUCAUAAUUCCAACAGCUUCUUUAAAAAUUAUCACCAUCAUUCUUUGGAAAAAAAGUAGCAUAACAAGGAUUAUAUUAUUUCUCAACUUUCUUAAGAGUGUAUAAGAGAUCACAUUACUUUUUAAAAUUAAGUCUUCAGUAAUAAAAUGAAAAUAUGAAGAGAAGCAUAACAAGAAGAAACUCUACAUUCCUUAGAAUCUCACUUGGAUAACCUUGAUUUCUAAUGACACCAUAUUUGAGAAGUUGUAAUAAUGAAAAAACAUAAUUACCUAGAAGAGGAAAAAGCAACGAACAAACUAGUAGAUUUGAAAGUACUAAACAACCUCCCUGACAAGAAAAAAAUAGAAUGUUUAUUUAUAAUAUUUGUGCCCUGACAAAUACAAUUUAAUUUUAAAAUAGUUAAAGAAAAGAUAUUUUUAAAAAUUAAGAGUUAUAUAUUAUUGACUAGAUAGUGAGUGUACAGCAUAAUCGCAAUAUGUAGACAAAAAUUCAAAGAUGUGCUCGUCACAGGCAAAUUCUGUGUGAAAUGGUAUAUGCUCUUAUCCAUGUCAACACACCUAAAGAAACAGUAAAAAUUUAGGAAGCCUGGAUCUGGUAGUGCACAAUAUUUUCUUGUAUUUUAAUAAAUGCACUUAAAAGUAUAUACUUGUGCUAAGUGCCAUUUGAGUGGGUUAUGGAAAAUCUUGAUAUGUAUGUAUUCUGACAACCAUUCAGCUCCAAGGAUUUUAUACUUAACGUUGCCUUUGUAACCCAUAAAAUUUUUUGGGAUUGUGCAUAUCUUUUCAAAUAUAUUUUUUUUCAUCUUUUAAUUGCUGAUUUCCAAUGUAAUCACAUUGUUCUUCAAGAACUGUAUCUGUGUGAUGGAAGUUGGGAACUCUUUUGAAUCCUCCUGUUCCAUAGAGUUUUGUAAAGAAUUACAUAGUAGCUGUAUGCUCCUUUCCAAAUAUGUUACAGUCAUUUGUUUUUGUAAACGCUGGUUAUGCAUUUAAAAAAUUACUUUUAAAAUAUUCUUAUUUAUUGGGUGCAGGAUUGUCUCACAUCAAGCUUUUUAAUAUGGUUACUCAAUUUUUUUUUAAUCCUUACCAAUUUUUGUCUACUCAAUAAAUGUUUCUUACAGGAGACUAUUAAAAUAUCCUACUAUUUUUCUUUCUGUUAUUGUAAUAGCUUAACUGUAUUCUGAUUAAUAAGAAGUAUGUCUUAUCUUUGACCCCUGCAUCACAUAUUAUGAUAGUCUUGAUCGCAUCCUGCAGUGCCAAAACUGCACAGUCAGUGCAGUGUGAGCUGUGUAAGGCGCCAGUUUAUAAAGAGCCUAUG